UGUGGCGGUACUUUUAUUUUGAAGGUUAGGAAAGUAGACAACCGGGAAAGCACACGCCAGCAUGGACUGUGAAAUUAUUACACAGACUCCUGAAGAAGAUUCCAAGCUAGAUCCGAUGUCAGAGAAUGACCAAUGUCAGAGGAGUCUGGACAGCCUUCACAGGAUUGCCACACAGUUUGUACGAUUGCUGCAAGAAGCAGAAGGCGGUGAAUUGGAUAUCAGACAAGCUGCUGGACUGUGCACUAUGGAACAGAAAAAGCUAAUUUAUGUCAUCACCAACGUGCUGAAGGGCAUCGGCCUUGUGAAAACGUCCAAAAACGUGAUCAAGUGGAUAGGUGGAAAGAACACUUUCGGUUUAAAGUGUGAGCUGAAGGAGCUGCAGCAGCAGGAGUAUAUGCUGGACAUCCAGAGACUAUGGCUGGAACAAAGCAUCCGGAACACCUUAGAAGAGUACCAAGCGCUCACCUAUGUGAACUAUGACGAUGUCUGCAAUGUCUUCAGUGGCAACACAGUGUUGGCAGUACGAGCGCCUUCAGGCACACACAUGGAUGUCCCCAUAUCUAAAGCAGUUCACAACAGCCCUGCAAAGUAUCAGGUCUACAUAAAAAGCAUCAGCGGCCCCAUUGAUGUUGUACUUCUUAACAAAAGCUCCAUCAGCUCCGUCCCUGUCGUGUUGUCCUUACCGCCGCCUGAUGACAUUUUACAUAGAGCCAAGUUGGAUAUGUCCACCUCAGGUUCAUCAAAAUAAACUAUGGACUUACAUGUCCCUAAAAAAGUUUUAUCUCCGUUACGUCGUGUCUUUCGGUCUCCAGCUAACUGUGUCUCUCAUCUGGAUGGAAGACUUACUCCUGUGUCAGACCCCUAACAAAUCCAAUUUUAUCUUAGAUUGUGUAAGUAUGUG